GACGACGCCGCCGCGCAGUGACCGGCGCGGCUCGCGGAACCGGCCGGGCAGCCGGGGCGCGGCGCCGGGAGCUGGCGGGCCGGUCGGUGGCGCUGCGCUGUGGGCUCGAGCUCCGGGCCCGGCGCCUGGCCAGUGCCUGCCUCAGCAUGGAGAGCCGUGCCAGCGCGGCACCCGCCCCCAGAGCACUGCCUUACUACGUGGCUUUCUCCCAGCUGCUGGGCCUGACUGUGGUAGCCACAACUGGCGCUUGGCUGGGUCUCUACCGAGGUGGCAUCGCCUGGGAGAGUGCCCUGCAGUUUAAUGUGCAUCCCCUCUGCAUGGUCAUAGGCCUGGUCUUCCUGCAGGGAGACGCCCUGCUGGUUUACCGGGUCUUCAGGAACGAGGCCAAACGUACAACCAAAGUCUUGCACGGGCUGCUCCACGUCUUCGCCUUCAUCAUCGCCCUGGUGGGCCUGGUGGCCGUGUUCGACUACCACAGGAAGAAUGGCUAUGCUGACCUGUAUAGCCUACACAGCUGGUGUGGCAUCCUGGUCUUUGUCCUCUACUUUGUGCAGUGGCUCGUGGGCUUUAGCUUCUUCCUGUUCCCUGGAGCUUCGUUUUCUCUGCGGAGCCGCUACCGCCCCCAGCACAUCUUCUUUGGUGCCACCAUCUUCCUCCUGUCUCUAGGCACAGCCCUGCUGGGCCUGAAGGAGGCGCUGCUGUUUAAACUUGGGACCAAGUACAGCACGUUUGAGCCAGAGGGGGUGCUGGCCAAUGUUUUGGGCUUGCUGCUGGCCAGCUUCGGCGUGGCUGUGCUCUACAUUCUGACUCGCGGUGACUGGAAGCGGCCACCCCAGGCGGAGGAACAAGCUCUCUCCAUGGACUUCAAGACGCUGACAGAGGGUGACAGCCCCAGCUCCCAGUGACAGCCUGCUCUUGUCCUGCGGGGAGGGGCCUGGCUGUGGCCGGCCUCCUCAGGUCUGGGGUUUCCGCUAGGUGUCUUUCCCACGCCCCGCUGAGGCUGUCUUCAGAAUCAGUGGCUCCCGGGAGGGGCUCGGCCUAGUGGGUGGGGAGUAUGGGCAGAGUGCCUCUUUGGGCGCUGAUUUCUGGGGUUCAGGGCUUGGCCUCCUGUGCUUCCCCUCCUUGCUGCUGCUUUAGCAUCCUGUUAGUCACGCACAGCCCCCUGCCCUUGUUUUCCCUGUCAGCCCCUCAAAUGGAGAAGCUUUGGGUAGGCUUUUGGGUGGUUAGUCCUGGUCGCAGAAGCUCAGAUCCCUGAAGGAGAUGGAGAGCAGCUCCCCGCUCGAGGCAGCGGAUGCUGGGCCGAGUCCAGUGGCUACAGAGAGCAAAAGGCUGUGGGAGAAACUGCGGGGCCUCAGCGACAGGGCUGGCAAAGCCAAGACCUGCUUUGUGUAACACUGAAUUCAAACCAGGAGUCUUGCUAGCCUGAAUAACACGUGGUAUGAAUGGGCCCAGUCUUUGGCAGUGGAGCAAGUGAUAUUAUGUGUAAAAUAUGUUGGUGUUCAGAGCAAGGCUCCCCAGGAGACGGGAGGGACUGGCCCCUGGGAAGUUCUGGAGAUGUGGCUUUGGCCCAGCUGAGUCUUGAGGCUUCCCUUUCUUUAACCCUUAGCCCCAGGAUGGCUUUGCUAGAAGAGGAGAUGGGGCACAGGACUUCAGACAAACCUGCCAUUGGCAGCUGACAGCAGUUGAAAAAGGAAGGAGAUGGCCCCCUGCAUAGGCUGUUGUGGGUGGUGGGUUAUCUUGCAGCUCACUCCUCUAGGGGCUCCACUCCCCACAGUGGCCUGCGCCUCCGCCAGCGAGCUCCCAUUGUCCCCACCCUCAUGAGCUAGCUCAGGCACUGCUCUGACCGGAGGCCGAGGGCACAAGCCUUUUUUUUUUUAAAUGAAAAGCUGCUGCUGUUGCCCCCUUUCCCUUUUGAUGGGGAAGGCAGAGGCUGCUUGCUUCUGUUCGGGAGGAGAGUCCCAUCCUCUCUUACCUGGGGCCCAUCUUUGCAGGAAAUUGGGACUGAGUCAGAAUCUGAUUAAUUCCCCCAACCCCCUAACUGUGUUAUGCUGUUGGAUGAGUCACUGUUGGGCUUUGGUCUAGGAAUGAUGUGAUUAGAGCAUGGAUCUUGUGUUUCCUGGACUUGGCAAAUGCUCUCUCCUUGUUUUCUGGGCUUUGAGGAGCAUGACAUUGUUUGAGAUGGAUGCAGUUUACUUAAAUGGAGAAAUUAAUAAAAUUUCCAAAUCAGACUACUGUUCUUUUAACGGUUGCCUUUUUCACACCUAACUGCUGCCUAGGAGAAAGUGGCUAGUUUCCAUUACUGCUCAGAUUCCUGAUGCUCAGCUUUCACCUUGGGUCCUGCCUCAUGUGGUGCCGCUUCUCAGAGUAGGUGGCUCUGGCCCAGCGCCCUCCCCAGCAGGCCAGGCUCCUGGCGAGCCUUCCCCAUCAGGGCUGCAGGGUCCCUCCACUGCCCCGCCCCCCAUUUAGACUGUAUGCUCUCCAAGGGCAGGGGCUCCAUCAAUUCUUUCAUCACCUGGCACACACUUGUAUAGUCAAAUGUUUACAUGUGGGAAAACUCCACCUUAGACCAACUCCCACAGGACAAUUGUGUCUCUCUCUUGACAGAAUGCCAUGUACAGAAAUGGAACCUUAGAUUUACAAUAAAAGUCUGUAAACUGUUCUGUUUGCCAAAGUGUAUGUUGGAUGACUAAGGAUCCAAAAAGCCCCCUGAAAGCUGACCAGUGGCAGUUUAUUUUGUUUUGCCUGUGGCCAGUCUUCUGUGAAGUACAAUGUAGUGUUGGUGCAACAGAUGAUUCAAUAAAUGUCUACAGCAGA